CGUCUUCAUCACAAUCACAAGACAACGACUACGAAAUUCUCAAACUCUCAAACUACAGUAAGUCAUCUACGACACGCCCAUCGUCAAAGCAGUAACCAAGCUAACCCGAUCCCAACCCCAGCAACCAAACCAAACCACCUCUCUCUACCUUUUUCAACCACCACCACAAACCCACCCACAAAAUGCCUCGCGGAGCCGAAUACGACGACGGUGUCCCCCACAGCGACAACGCCAUCGAGGCCGGCCAGACCAAGGUCCACGGCACCAACCCCGAUAACGACACCCUCAACCGCGCCCAGCGCACCGCCCCCCUCCCCGAAGAAUCCGGCCAGGCCAGCGGCUUCAUCAGCGCCCAGGGCAGCUCCGGCCCCAACAAGACCGGCAGCGGCAAGGGCGGCCACGAGCCCAACACCCUCGGCGGGAAGAAGGGGACCGGUGCCCUGCCCGGCCAGUAGAUCGGUGGCUGGCUGCAUGACCAGAAACCUUUUCUGAUUGCAUUGGAGUUUUCGGGAGAUGAUGAAUCGUUUUUUUUUACACAACGGCUUACGAUUGACGCGGUUGCCGGGGGGGAUAUAUGAUAUCCUGCUUUUGGAUGUAUGAUUAGAUGCUUUUUUUGUCCCACUUGUGAUGUGUGGAUGAUGAUGAUGAUUGAUCGUCUGGUUACGACGACGGUGCCUACUGGUUAGGGGCUCAGAUUAAUGGAC